AUACAACUGAAAAAUCUAUAUAAAGCUGACACGUUCUGUUAAAAUUUCAUUACUAUUUUGAACGGAAAGAUGAGGUGAGUGUUGACUGAACAAACGAAUUAAAUGAGUGUGUUAUAUGAAUUUCAUUUUGAUUCAAUAACAUCACGUUAUUCUGCUCAUAUUAACUAUUUCAGAUAUAUUCCUCCAUUUGCUCUGUUAAUAUCGGUGUAUUUGGUCGUCACAUUGCUUUGCGAUAUAUACAAUUGUCAAGACAUCUGUCAACAACCUGAAUUAGAGAAAUAUGAAAAAGUAAUUUUCGUCAACGCUACAUACAAAUAUACUCAUUAUUAUAAGUACUCACAGAGAAUACGUACUAAUCAGUCAAAUCCAGUUGUAAACGCCACGUUUGAAACAUUUAAUACCAGACAGAAAGUUCGGCCGAAAUUCCAGUUUCAAUUGAACGGCAGAGGCAUUAGCGAUUUCCAUAUUAGACAAAUUGGUUUAAUAGCAAUAGAGGGUGAUAUAACCGGACUGAUAAAUCACAUUAUGCCAGGCACUUUUCUUCCUCAAUUUGAGAUGCUACAUAACGGUGAGUUCUAUUAUUCAGUAACAUUUUCGCAUGUUCUUCAUACAUUGACUUUGCAUGAAUGAAUCAGUAAUUUGCUUGAUUACUGCACGGAAACUGACCAAUACACAGUGAUUAUUUUGAUUGUGUGAUUGGGUAUUAGAACAAGUGUUUAAAGCACCUAUUGGUGACUGUCAAGUAAAAGAAUUACUUAAAACAGGGACUCGUUUCAAAGUACAAUCAUAUUGAUUCAGUAGAAAUGAUAAAUUAAACGAUGUACUCACCUGAGUGGAAAGUAGCUAUUCUCCAGUCCAUCGAAACUACAACGCGGAACGUAUGCCACAGAAACGAUACUUCCUAGUAAAACAAAUGAAUCU